CCCCACCAUCGUCCCUCCAAAGCGCGUGCAUAGGCAGCACCACGACCGCCUUUUGUUCUUGCUGCCCCUUCGUCAAUCGCUGGUGCCGCCGCUGCAGUCUGCCUGUCUCUGCCAUUUGCUGCGACCCCCCGGCCUGCUCUUCCGCUUGCAACAGGCGCCGUGCCCUGUCAUUGUCCCGCCUGGUGCGCCAGUCAAUUGCAGUCGUCACCUUCGCCCGCGCGCCUACAGCUCCGCGCCUUAUAUCGCCUCCAGCAGGCCCCUCCUCCCGUCCGCCCCAUCGCAGCCUCUCUUGCCCGCCCAGCGCACCCUCACCCUGCCGCCGACCCUCUGCACGACCCCGCCCGUUCCGCAGCCUAGUCUCCAGCCGCCAUGUCUGACCUCGCCGGCCGCAAGGUCUUCAAGGUCUUCAACCAGGAGUUCGUGGUCGACGAGCGGUACAAUGUCACCAAGGAGCUGGGCCAGGGAGCCUACGGCAUAGUCUGCGCGGCUACCAACAACCAGACCGGCGAAGGCGUCGCCAUCAAGAAGGUCACCAAUGUCUUCAGCAAGAAGAUCCUGGCCAAGCGCGCCCUGCGUGAGAUCAAGCUGUUGCAGCACUUUAGAGGGCACCGCAACAUCACAUGUCUCUACGACAUGGACAUUCCGCGCCCGGACAACUUCAACGAGUGCUACCUCUACGAGGAGCUCAUGGAGUGCGAUUUGGCUGCCAUCAUCCGGUCCGGCCAGCCGCUCACCGACGCCCACUUUCAAUCCUUCAUCUACCAAAUCCUCUGCGGUCUGAAGUACAUUCACUCGGCCAACGUGCUCCAUCGGGAUCUCAAGCCCGGUAAUCUGCUGGUCAAUGCCGACUGCGAGCUCAAGAUCUGCGAUUUUGGUCUUGCUAGAGGUUUCUCCAUGGACCCUGAGGAGAAUGCAGGGUACAUGACUGAAUACGUCGCCACUCGCUGGUACAGAGCGCCCGAGAUCAUGUUGAGCUUCCAGAGCUACACCAAAGCUAUCGAUGUCUGGUCGGUAGGAUGCAUCCUCGCCGAACUGCUCGGUGGCAAGCCAUUCUUCAAGGGACGAGACUACGUGGAUCAACUGAACCAGAUCCUGCACUAUCUCGGCACACCCAACGAAGAGACCCUCUCCCGCAUCGGCUCGCCUCGCGCCCAAGACUACGUCCGCAACCUGCCCUUCAUGCAAAAAGUCUCGUUCCAAUCGCUCUUCCGCCAAGCCAAUCCGGACGCACUCGACCUGCUCGACCGCAUGCUCGCCUUCGACCCCUCGUCCCGCAUCUCGGUCGAGGAAGCCCUCGAGCACCGCUACCUGCACAUUUGGCACGACGCCUCUGACGAGCCAAACUGCCCGACGACCUUUGACUUCCAGUUCGAGGUCGUCGAGGACAUUGCUGAGAUGAAGAAGAUGAUCCUGCAGGAGGUCAACCGCUUCCGCCAGCAGGUGCGUGUACAGCCCGGAGGCCAGGGCGUGCCCGGCCAGCAGCAGCCCACGGUCCCGAUACCGAACAACUACGACCGCAGCGGGUAUGAGGACCCCAGGCCGCACGAGGCGAUGGCACAGGGCGGAUGGCAGGGGAAUGAGCUCGAGAGAGAUCUGCAGGGAUUGGACGCGCGGAUGCGGUAGGAUGUGUCGCGCGGGCGGGCCUGUAGGGAAAGAGGUUUUGGCGGAAACGGCAGUCAGGGUAAUUCUAUGCGAUUGGUAUGAAAUAUGACGCCUUAGUCAGGAAUGGGGACGAAACCUCCCCUGUCGAUUGUCUAGCUUUUCGUUACGAAGAACAAUACGCGCUCGUGUGAUUGGCUGGGUUCGCAGUGCGAGGGGAUGUGAUGCGGUGGCUGUGAGUGAUACUUCGCUUUGUCGCUCUACUUUUGAUUCUUCCCACCACAACAGCCAUCACGUCUGUUCAUACACAUAUACAACGGCCUCAACAGCGCCCCUUGCCGGGACUCCCCUCCAGGUUAAUGCAAUCUCGCACGCGCUCCAAAUUCUCCAGCGCCC